UCUCACUCCGCUCCUCUCACACUGAAGCACACACAAGGCACAAGAAGGCACAAGAAGAGGUUAUAAACAAGCGGAAUUAAUUCUCACCAAACACAUCGAGAGAAAAAAAAAAGAAAAGAAAGAAAGAAAAGAAAAGAAAAGGGAUAUUUAGAUCCGGACAAGUGGAAGGAAUAUAACUUGUUCAUCAUCAUAGUUUUCUUUUUCUAAAAAAUCCCUGGAAGUUUUGACAUCAUGAGGAUUUUCAGCGUUGUGCUCCUGCUGGUUCACGCCUUGGUGGUGUCCAGAAUGGCCUGUGGUGCUGCGGUAGACAGGCAUGAAAGCGACAGGCAGCGGCACAGAGCUGUUUUCAAGUUUUUGGACACAACCAAAGACAGGAGGGCAGAGGAGGAGAGCAGAAGCAUCAGUGCGACAACAGCGGAGUACGGCCACACUGGCGAGGCGGAAGACUACGAUGAUGAGUAUUAUGAUGACGAGUAUGAAGAUGGCAUGUCUGGAGACUACGAAAUUGAAGUGCCGCAAGUUGCCAUGUCAAGCAAACCCAAAGAUCCAUCUGCCAUCCUGGAUGCUGAAAGCACUGACGGACAGAGAAAGAGAGGAAAGGGGAAAAAGAAGGGGAAAGGCAAGGGGAAGAAGAGGAAUCCUUGCCUGAGGAAGUAUAAGGAUUUCUGCAUUCACGGCACCUGCCAGUACCUGAAGGACAUCCGUGCUCCUUCUUGUGUGUGUCACCCGAGUUACUCUGGGGACAGGUGUCAGUUUUUCACGUUGCCUGUGGAGAAGCCCCAGGAGGGCUACAACCGGACCACAGCUCUAGCCGUGGUGGCAGUGGUGCUGUCAUCCGUGUGCCUCGUCAUCAUCGGCCUUUUGUUAUUGCUCAGGUUUCACAAGCGGGGAGCGUAUGAUGUAGAGAAUGAAGAGAAGGUCAAACUAGGGUUAGCGUCCAACCACUGAAGAGACAAAAAAGAGGCAAAGAUGCAGAAAUUCUACCUCAAAAUAGAAAAAGAGAAGUGAACAGCGAUAGGAGGUCCCGGAGGAAGACGGAUCGUAAAUGAAGAAGGGAACAGAGGUCGUCUGCCUGACUCUCUGCUAGACGUUCAGAUGAUAAAUGAAUGGGCAGCUGAACAUAUUCCUGAAGGCCUCAGAAGAAGAUGGCCCACCUGAAACUGGAAUACUAACGGCCCAGAGGAUGGACUGGAGAUGUGACGAGUAAUAGUGCGAAGGGACGAGAAGAAGAAGAAGAAGAAGAAGGAACAUGUCUAGACUCUGUGCUGCUUCUUGACUGUGUGAAAAGAGGUUGAUUCAGACUGAACUGAACAAGAUAAGAUUUUUAACAACAAGAGCUCAACCUGGAUUUUUUUUUUCUCUCUCAACAGACAGCAUUUUGUAUUUUCCUGCACAAGUCCAUCUCUUUUUUUUCUUUCUUUUGUGUACAGUAAACGGUAUAUUUAUAAUUUUAAUUUAUUUAUUUAAGCUAACUGUAUUUAUAGAGAUUUUAACCACCUUCAACAGUUUUUAAAAUAAUGAUGUUACAGUUGUUUUUAUAUUCCUUAUUGGACGAUAUGAUAUUUAUUUAUAAAAAUAAAAAAAACACAGAAAAGCAAACAAUGCAGAAGCUCCUAUGAAACGAGAUAUGACGCAUACAAGAUCUGAUGUUUGGCUUUCAUUUUUGACACUCAGUAGAUGAUCAAUAGCACUGUGAUUAAUCAAUUGAUCAUUCAUAAAGACGUGGUUGCUUUCUAAUUCUUCCAGGGAGUGCCAUAGAGAGCGAUGCCUUUCAGGAACGCCCUGCUCAUACUCCCACACUUACACACAUUCACAACUGGAGGCUGCCUAGUACAACCAGUUGGGUAUGUUAGAAGCUAAGCAGCCCCGCUGUAGAAGUUGAGGGUUCAGGGCCUUGCUCAAAGGCACAUCAGCAGUGGUAAUGAGGUCGGGGCAAGCACUACUCUUUGACUUCCCCCGCCUAAAUUUAUCCUAUGGGUUUGGGGGGGACGGGGGUCUUCAUUAGGCUUGGUGUUGUGCCUCAAUGUUAUGAUGCCAGAUCAAUGUCUGUCAUUACGAUGCAUUGCACUGACUAUGUAUUGAUUAAAGGCAACAUAAAAAACUGUGCACUCAGCGUCUGUAUUGUUGAGAAACUUUUUGAAAAGGGAGUCAAAUUUCUAAUGCACUGUAGCAAGAAUUUGGUAUGAAUUAUAUUGUCAUGUCACAUUGUCUUACCAUCGUUAUCGGAGAAACUCCCUCAGAUCCGUGUUCAGCUGUCAAGCAAAAAGAAAAUGUGAAUUAAAAGUGUUCCACCCUUUCAAAUCCUGUCCUGCAGUUUUGAAGUGAUUGUUAUUUAUGUGAUUUUUUUUCAGAGCAAAAUAAAAAUAAAACAAAAAAAA